AUGGAACAGAAUUCACUCCGCGAGUCCAUCGCGCAAAUUGAAGGUGAAAAGUUCCAAAUGGAAGUCGAAGUCGAGGAGAUUCGUUCUAAGCUGCAACUUGAUCCGGCGAUUAUUGUCAAGAGACAUAUUCGGCUUCUGCACGAGUACAAUGAGAUCAAGGAUACGGCGCAGGGUCUACUGGGGCUGAUUGCUGAUGCGAGGGGUGUGCGGCAGAUUGAGGUGGAGAGGGAAUUUGGGGUGAAGGAGGGGGACUAG